UUAUGGAAUCCAAUAUUGUUCCUGAUAAGUACAGAGCCUCUUUGCAUUUGGAGGAUCCCAAUGUUGAAUGGAGAUAUGGGAAUCCUCCAACUUAUGAAAUUGCUAACCAACUCUUUGGAGAGGGAAGAACAAAGGAGUGGCCAAAUGAAUCUCCCGAAGAAAAAGUGCAAAAUGCUAUCAAAUCAUGGCACAUGGAGAUUGUCCACAAGACUAAAUUACAGGAUUUUAAGACUAUAAUCCCUGAAAAAUUCAAGCUUUUUGUCAAUGGAAGAGAUGGGUUAUCAGGAGAAGAAAUACUUAGGAUUGGAGGCUUCAAUGCAUUGCUAAAGAGUUCUGUGCCAGAGGAAUUGCAAUAUUUCAAAGCAGACAGAGAAACAUUUGAAUCAACUCAUAAAGACUUUAAAACAUGUUUUCCAAGAGGAUUUACAUGGGAAGUUACAGAGGUUUAUUCACCUCCUCCUUUAAUUGCUUUCAAGUUUAGGCAUUGGGGUUUCUUUGAAGGACCUUACAAAGCCCACCCUCCAACUGGUGAAUUGAUUCAAUUCUAUGGCAUGGCAACUCUCAAGGUAGAUUGUUUAUCCAUGAAGAUUGAAGAAUUUCAUAUGUACUAUGAUCCAGGAGAGCUAUUUGGAGCUCUUUUUAAGGCCAAAACAAGUACUGCCUCAGAAUCCAGAGGCCAACAUAAUCACAAAGAUUUAGCUGCUUCAAUAGCCUGCCCAUUUUCUAAACUCAACUACCACUUCAAAUAAAUAAAUAAAAUAAUAAUAAAUACUUUGUUGGUCUAAGAAUUAUAUACAUGUAUAUGUAUAUGUUAUGUGUAAUUGUAACCUAUUGAUCUAUAUGUAUACAUAUGCUAAUCCCAUAUGAACAACUUGUUUUUUUUUUUCUAUGGAAUAAAUUUUAUAUCAAGAAUAUAAUAAAGAAUACUUGGAUAAGA